AUGAUUAUCGUGUGUUCCAGCAAAGGUCCUAUCAGCAACAUAAAUGGUAAACCAUCACCAGAUAUGAAGAGAACCACAAAACGGGAGAGGAAUAGAUAUGGAGAUGGCAGUGAAGGACCUCCAGCUAAGAGGAUACAAGUUGGCUUUACUAUUAAUUACCAAGUGUUAACGAGAGCAGCGGAAUCUGUGUCAUCAGGUGCGAAGUCACCUGUAUCAGCCCUCAAUGAGCUGGGUAUCAAAGUAACAUACACUGUGCUCGACUAUAGAGGCCCACCGCACUGUCCCAGCUUUACUGUGGCAGUUACUGCGGCUGAUAUGACAUUUAAAGGCCACGGCACAAGCAAGCGAGACGCAAGAGCCAAUGCGGCAAAGGUCUGUCUUAAUACACUGCUGGCGAAUGCCGGACAGAUAAUGCCGAAAAAUAAUGAUAUUGAUUUUAGCAAUGAUCAAGUUGUACACGCAGCUGUGCCAAAAUUCCAGCUCCCACUAAAACCCAGCAAAGUUGCGGAGACAAGCGUUUUGCAGGAGACACUGGUACCAUUGCCGGUUAAGGAAACCCAUGAUGUGAAUGAACCACCCCCAUUGUUCACACCAGUGUACAGUCUUCCAUCACACAAAAGUCCCGUGAAUAUUGUGUAUGAGACUUUCCCGGGAGUUGUAUUUAGUACAACUCUGGGUGACGGAUCACCACUCGAUUCGGAGACUGUUCCAGCACAAAUAAGUCAUAGCAUGCGUUUCAAGACAGUCUGCAAGAUCAAAGAGCAAAUUUUCGAAGGAUAUGGUUCUAGUAAAAAGCAAUCUAAGCUGGCAGCUUCGAGAUCAGCGUUGGCCAGUCUCCUGGGAACACCGACGGAGCAAAUAACAACGCCGACCACGUAUUGCAAUACGCUCCCACAAUAUAUCGCCGAUCAUGUUUCUAAAUUGAUAAAUGAGAAAUUCACCGAACUUAUGCGGAAUGAUCCGGCGCAUUCCAAGCGAAAAGUCUUGGCUGGAAUUGUCAUGACCGUAGGCGAAGGUAUCGAAAAGUCGAAGAUUAUAGCAGUAUCUACCGGGACUAAAUGUGUUUCGGGCGAAUAUAUGUCGGUCAGUGGAAGAGCUGUCAACGAUUGUCACGCAGAGGUGGCCGCGCGGCGUUGUCUACAGCGAUAUCUGUACAAUCAAUUGUUGAUGUACGCAAGUUCUAAAAAUCCCCGAAUGCCAAUAGAGGAAUCGGAUCUAGAACCUUUGCCGGAAGGUGGAUAUAGAUUAAAAGAGAAUAGACAACUCCAUUUAUACAUAAGUACAGCGCCGUGUGGUGAUGGAAGGAUAUUCAGCCCUCAUGAGACGCAGUCGGAAAGGGAUAAACAUCCAAACAGAUUCUCUCGAGGGCAGCUUCGUAGCAAGAUAGAGUCCGGUGAAGGGACAAUACCAGUGAAGAAGUCUGCGUUCAUACAAACUUGGGAUGGAGUUUUACAGGGCGAGCGUCUCCUAACAAUGUCGUGCUCGGAUAAAGUGGCGCGCUGGUGUGUCACCGGCCUACAGGGGGCACUUUUAUCGCAACUCAUCAAGCCUAUUUACCUCAAUUCGUUGGUGCUUGGGUCCUUGCUGCAUACGGAGCAUAUGUAUAGGUAA